AUGUCGAAAGAAUUGUUGGAAUCUAAUUUGAGUACAAUAUUUGCCACACUUCGAAAUACGGAGCAAUAUUGGUGUAAACCGAGAAACGAUUUAAAUUGUAUGACGCAGCAUUAUGGACCUGCGACAUGGUUUUUAACACUCAGUCCAAGUGAGUGGUUGUGGGAAGAUUUAGGUGAAUAUAUUCGUGAAGUAAAUGAAUGGCAUGACGCUUCCUUAAGCGUUAGCGCACUCGUUGUUAGAGAUCCAGUAUCAACAUCCAGGUUUCUCGAUAAUAAGUUUCGGGCAAUGCUUGACUUUAUUAGGUCUAAAGAUCAUCCAAUUGGAGAAGUAACGCACUAUUUCUGGCGACGAGAAUAUCAAGGUAGAGGUAUACAACAUUUUCACUUAUUAAUUUGGAUUAAAAAUGCACCAAUUUUCGGUGAAUCUACUAUUGAGGAAGUUUCAAAAUUUAUUUCACAACAUAUAAGCUGCACAAUACCGGAUCAAAAUAUUUCGCCAUUGUUGUACAGACGUGUUGAUACGCAUCAGCGACAUAUACAUAAUGAUUAUUGUCUUCGUUCUAAAAAAGUAGGACGUAAAGUUAUUCGUCGAUGUCGUUUUGGAUUUCCUCGUCCCGUUACUGAAACUUUGAAUAUCAGGGAUGUGGCAACUUCGAUAGCCGGUAGAAAACAAUUGAAACAUAAAAGUAGACUUUACGAUCUUCCUCGAACGGAUAAUGAAGGUAAUAUAAAUGACUAUAAUCCUGUUCUUCUUACUGCAUGGGAAGGUAAUAUGGAUAUACAAUUUAUUGGUGAAAAAUCAUCGCUGCUAACCUGGUAUGUUACUAAAUAUAUGAAUAAAGCGGGAAAAAGUGAAUUAUCUGAGAAUAUUCUUGAUAGUAAGGAUAACAAAAACAAAUCAUUAGCGAGUCAUCUUUGGAAUAUUGCUUUGCGAUUUACGAAUAAUAGAGAAUGUGGAGCUCUCGAAGCUGCUGAUACAUUGUUAGGUAUUCCUUUGUAUGGAACUGAUCGAAAUACAACCAUCAGAUGGUUAGAUGUUAAUCAAAUACGAUAUAAAAAUUAA